AUGUCAGAGCCCAAAGCUACCACCCCGUGGAUCCCCGUUGAUCGUUCUUGGAGUUUGGCUUCCAACUCACCAACAACUUCCAACAACUCGGACAAUCCCUCUUCCUAUAGCCUCAACAGAUGGUUGAAUGAACCCAAGAAAGACUCUCCUUUCAACACUUUACACAUGGUGAGGCAGGGCCCGUCCCAAUCGACCGCCACUGGGGCGGGAGGGAACUCGCCAUCCUCGACCGGUGCGGCCAAUGGCUCAUCGCACGAGGCCACUUGA